CCUGGCCUUUUCAUUUUUUUCCUUAUCCUUCCCCUUUCCUCCCCCCUCCUUUCACUUGACACCUGUUGCUGCCUUUGGUGGAUGAGAUAAGCAGAGAACUCUGUCACUGUAAGAGAAGAGGAGCAGACAAUGCUCAUGAGAAGAGAGACAGAGCAAGAAGAACCAAACCUCUACUGGGCAGGCAGGUGUGGGAGAGCUCCUUUGCAGGCUGCUUUGCAGAGUGCGGUACCUGGAAUUUUGUCACUGUAGUAAGCAUAGUAGGGAGUGGGUUUAUCUCUUUUCUGGAGUCACCAUGCUGCAGCAAAUUUUGCGUGAUAUGUACAUUGACCCAGAGCUCCUGGCAGAGCUGAAUGAAGAGCAAAAGCAGAUCUUGUUUUACAAAAUGAGAGAAGAGCAGCUGAGGCGCUGGGAGGAGAGGGAAGAGAAAGCACGAAUGGAGGAGACUGUGCUGAGAAAGACAGCAAGGCACAAACAAAGUAAUGGCAAACGUGUGCAGUGGCUGCAUGGGAAGGAUGGUGAGGUCUGGGUCUGGGUUAUGGGAGAAGCCCCAGGUGACAAGCCGUAUGAACAGAUAUCUGAGGAGCUAAUAGCAGAGCGAGCCAGGCAACAAGCACAGAAGGAGGCAGAAGAACUAUGGAGGCAAAAGGAGGCAGAAAUUACAAAAAAAUUCCGGGAUGCUAUGGCUCAAGAAAAAGCCAGAAUAGUGGCAGAAAAAUGGAAAGUAGAAAUGGAAGAUCGGAAAGCAGCCAAAUUGGUGGAGGAAAAAAUUCAGGAGGAACUAAAGAAAAGAGAGGAAGAGGAAAGACAAAAAGGUGAAGAACAAAUACGGCAGCAGGAGGAAAUCCGAGCGAGAGAGUUGUAUUUGAGCCUCAAGCAAGCUCAGCAGCACAGUCAACACAGUGAGGAUGACCAGGAGUGGGAAGAACAGUUGCGCCGCUCCAAAGCUGCAGAUGAGGAAAGGAGCCACAAAGCACGCAGGGCCCGGGACGAAUACCGACGACAAUCCUUGCGAGCCAUCCAGAAAGGAAGAGUGGCUGGUCUGAGUAAUUUGUUCCAGGGGACAAGCCUGAAUAACAAUCAGGAGACAAAACUGAACAACGACAGUCCAAGCCCUUUGCUGUCUCUCACUGCUCCAUCCAGUAAAAUUUGGGAGCGUCCUUCUAGACCCUUUUCCCGAGAAGUCAUCAUUCACUGGUUCAAAGAAGAACAGCUUCCUCGACGUGCUGGGUUUGAGAGAAACACCAACAGGGUUGCUCCAUGGUUUCAUGGUAUUAUCAGCCGUCAGGAGGCAGAAGAAUUGUUGAUGAAUAAGUCUGAAGGAACAUUCCUGGUGCGAGUCAGUGAGAAAAUCUGGGGCUAUGCAUUGUCUUACCGCCAACAAAGUGGGUUCAAACACUUUCUGGUUGAUGCUUCGGGGGAUUUCUACAGCUUCUUGGGGGUAGAUCCAAACCGACAUGCAACGCUCACAGAUCUUAUUGAUUUUCACAAGGAGGAAAUCAUCACAUCUUCAGGUGGGGAGUUACUAUUGGAGCCAUGUGGACAGCAGAAGAACCCACCAGACUACAGCCCUUUAUUUGAAUAACUGAUCCAGGACUAAUAGCAAUACAUUUUGGAUAGCUGCAGUAAUAGGUACAAAAGUAAAUGCAAAUUACAAAAGUAAAUGAACUUUCAAAGCCACUCGUCUUGUGGCCAAAACUAUCCUCAUUAGAAGGUCCAAAAUAUUUCUAUUUCAUACCUGAAGAUGAUAAGUUGCUGGCAGAUUACAAAUGGGAAGUAUUCCCAGAAAUUCUUUCAGGGCUUGUGGACAGUUGAAUUGAAAGCUAAGGUCCUAUCUUAAUUUUCACCCAAUGUCUAAAACUGAAAAUGCAAAAUUACAUACUUUUAACAGCAAGAACUAUGGGAAAUAUUCAGAGUAUUGUAUGAAGUAUCAAUAUUGUUGAACAGUAUCUUUUUUCCAAAGCAAGGUUUCUCAGUUUCCAUUGACAAUCUCAUCACUCAGUGGUGCACUUACAGCAACAAGGAACACAGUGAUAAAAUGUCGCUUGGUAGUUUGUGAUUGCUUAAAUGGUUAAGUAUAGCCAGAAACUUGCUAUCCUGCUUUUGAAUUCAGGCCUACAAAGUUCACUACAGUACAGUUAGAACAAGAUCAUGCCUUGGAAUAAUUUUACUUCUGUAGAGAAAGUGGUUAGUUUAUUCUGAACUAGUUAUCGUAAUAAAAGCAGUUGCUAAGAAGAAUAAAAAGUUUACAAAUCACUCAAUGGUGGAAAUAUAGUUUUCCUGAAUGGGAAUAAAUUUGAAGUUUAAAGUAGUGCAUUAAAGAUGUGCAGUUCAUUCUGGUUUGAUUUGUACCAACGAUCACAACUCACACUGACUUUGUCACGUUCUGAGCUUUCUGAUGUGCCGGAUGUACGCUCGAGAUUCCUGAUUUUACUUUGCUGUAGUUCUGAAUACUUUUCUUUACUGAGCUACCAGUAGAGGAGGGGUUGUGACAUGCAUCCCUAGAAAAGGUACAAGUAGUAACAUCAGUUUCAUGCUAUUUCAUCUUUUAAAAAAUGCAAUCUGUUCUUGAUACAUUUGUUAUACUUCUACAUACUAAAAAACAUGAGACUAGAUCUGUAGGCUGUAGAUCUAUAGAGUAGCUGCUUAGUGUUUGGACUAUAAACAAUCUCAUCACAACAGUUAAUUUGCCCUCCUGAAAUGUGUGACUUAGUGUGUGGCAGCCCAGAGCUCAGUGAGUGCUACAGAUGUAAUUCUGCAUUGUUUCAUUGGUAAGCCGGAUGCUACUGAGAUAGGCAAUUCCUGAAAUGUAAAUAGUGAAAUAGUUACAGAACAGUUACUACUACUUUUCUGUGCAUCUUGUUCUAUUCCCAUAAAUGCCCAGAUAGAAACGCUGGGUAUACAGGUGUUCCUUUCAGCUCCAAACAUUUAUUGUGCAGGGCAAUAUUUCAAAAAACUGUGUUGUGACAGUUUUGUACAUAAUUGAUUUGUUUCAAGAGUGAAGUGGAACAUGAGGGAAGUAAUUGUGGGAGUUGGUUAGUCUCAUAGUUGUGCCUUUAAUAGGCAGUUUCUUGGUACUGCUUUCAGAUGUGUGAGGUGAAUUUGAUAUGUAAAGUGGACCAAAGUCCUUAUGUGUCGUUUUACUUCCAUGGUUAAUCUUGUCCUGGGAGUCUCUGAAUGCAUACAGGAAGGUACAUAUGGUGUGUUUCCAUAUGCUACCUCACUGCUUCUGGCAUUCUCUGAAUUUGUAUGUGCUCCUCUUCCAAAUCCCAGCGUAGCCUUCUCUCCUCAACCCCAUGUGUAAUGCAUCUCCCUUCAAAUAGUCAUUUCUUGUGACUCAGUGUUAUCUUCUGUACUUUGUUUGACCUAGAUGGUAAUCUCAUCUAAGAAAGGAAACUUGUCCAUUAAAUUCAUUUUGCCUUUAGCCCUUAUUAAAGUAAGAAUUUUUGCACAUGAACUGUAAUGUUGUACAGGAAAAUUCUCUUUGGUUAACGUUGCUUUUUCUGAGGUUUAAUCUAUCUAUAUUUGUGACACAUGAAAAGAAAAUUCUAAUGAACUUUCCACAGAGAGAAAAUUAGCUGGACAGUUUCUGUAUGAAUCACUUGGGGCACUGGUUCAAGACGUUUUAAAUGGUUACCGUAACAGCUCAUAACAAAAGAAGUCAGGAGACAGAGCAAAUUAGCAAUGUUUAUUAGCUGGAGCAGCUGUUCUUAGUGUGCAGUGCUCAGAUACGAAUACUGCUGGGCUUUUCAUACCAAGUAGGUUUACAGAAAUAGGACAUUCUUCAGCUUUGUGUCUGAUAUCUUGAGAAGCAGUGACCCAGCAGCUGGACAAAGGGUCAAGAUAUCUAAGCUGCCUUGGAAUUUUGUUAAACUGGGGUCUUCUGGAGAUUACCUGGGGCUGGAUCUUCAAAAUGAAAUACAGCUCUGCAAUUCUGAACAUAGUAACACAUAUUUAGGCCUCUAGUAAUAUGUAUAGCCUCUGUCAAACACACAGACUCCCUCCUAAAAAGAAAACUCUUAAAGAGGUAUGUCUGAUCUGGGAUUGCAGUAGAGGUAUAUACAGACACUUGAAUCCAGCUACAAGAAUGUAGAGUUCAGCACAGAGUAAUUCGCUGUGCUUAUCAGACAUGGAAUCUGUAAAAUCCAUCACAGUGAAUGAGAAAGUUGCUUUUUCUAAUAGAACAUUUACUAAAGGCUAGCUGUCCCCCUCCAGAAAGCCCCAGUAUCUAUCUGCCAGCCACUUUCUCCAAGAAGCUAGCGCUCUGCUUGAUCCCGCUCCACAGGAAUCUCAGGAACCACCUCAGCCUCUUAUCAGGUUAUUCACAGCUGCAUCUGUUUCAUCACAGAAAAACUGGACCCUUACUUUAAAGAAGGGAAAGGGACCUUUCAGUACUGAACAAUUUUUAAGGUUAAAAAGUGUAAGUAUCCAUAGAUUUAUCUCUGAGGCCAGACAGCAGUGGCUGAGUGUGGAGGUGAAUAGGGACUCAUGGUCUAAAGACAGUACUGAGUAAUUAAGGUGGUAUUGAGACACAUAGACAUCUUUGCGGACUGGUAUUUUGCCUUUAUGAACUCUCAAAAAGGCAAAGUGCCUUCUCCUCUUUGGAAGAUUACUCAACUUACUGUACACAAUUUCAGGAAUGUUUGUAGACAGAAUAUUGAGGAACUUUUUCUAUAAGGAAUUCCCAUUCAUAGAGAGUGAUGAUAAUACAGCUUUUUGUAUCUAGUGAUACAUUCUUAGCAACUGUCUGCAUUUUGUUUGUUGGGUAAGAAGGCUUGGAAAUACAGCUCUUUAGCUAGUGUGUCCUUUUGUGAUUUAAUUAACAUGUAUAGGGCAACAGCAUCAUUUUCUCUUCAUAGUACAUUUCCUACUUUUAAUUUUCAAAAUUUUUCUGUCUGUAUUCCAUUCAUUUCUCAUUCUAGGUUUUACCUGGCUUUAAAAAAAAUUCCUUGUAAGUUCCCCUGCAAAUGAAAUUACUGUCUGGAAAACUGCAAUUUUAUCUUGAGAGUUAUUAUGCUAAUAAAUGUCAGGAUUCUCAAAUAAAAGAACUGUUUUUUUUCCAGAGCCCCACAGAAAUAAUGAAAAACAGCCAACCAAUUCAGAGUACCAGCAAAGAAAAACUCAACAAUAUAUAACCAGAAGCAGCAGCAAUAAAAUACAAUGCAACUUAACUGAAGAUAAAUUUCAAAGGAAACAAAAAGAGAUCAUAGCAGGCAGAAAUUAAGAACAGAAGCUUUCCUUGGUAGAGAUGUGCAGCUGCUGCCAAUACACUGGAGGGCAGUGGGGAAAGUACAAGUGUGGAGGCGAUGUCUUCUAAGCUAACAAAUGCUUCUUGUUGCCUUCCAGAAAAUAACGGACUAUGAAAAGAUAACCAAUUAGUAAGAGGAAGAAAGGGAAAGGGGAGAUGGAGUAAAUAUGGAAAAUGAAGAAAAUGAAAAAGGGAAAAUGUGCUUAUUCCAUCAUUUUGAAAGCAUUUUGCUUGAUUUUUGCUGCCCUGGGAGGAAGACUGGACACUGCUCAGAGAUUUCAGCUGUAAAAUGAGCUUGAGCUCAGUCUAGCUUGGAGCUAGAUUUCACACAGUCAGUCUAGAACAGUUGGGUUGGUCCAUAUUUCAGCCCUGAAUGCUGGAUCUGUUCCACCCUGUCUGCCUCUAAUGUUUAGUGCUGUCUGAAGCUGUUAUCUCUGUAUAUAUUCUUUCUGGUGCUGCUGUUCUAUUGUCUGGAAUGGCCAGCUGUUAUUCCUUUAUUGCACAGUGACCUUCAAAUCUUGCUUUCUGAUCUGUUUUUCUAGUGCUAGCUACUCUUGAGUCAGAAGAGGUGCAGGUUAUGGAUUUUCAUUAUAGGAUUUCCUGAGAAUAUUUCUUGUCAAUAAGACCACUAGGAAUAGAAUGAGACACCUAUUAUGGUAAUUCCAUUUCAUAGGGAAACAAGCUACAGCAAUAAGAAAAACUUUUAAAUUCUUAAAUGAAUUGAACCUUUCUUUACAUCUAUUUCAGAGCAAUCAAAUAUGCUAUACAGGUUCCUAAGUUUGUAUGCAUCUUUGAAAAAGAAGCGCUUGUGGAUUUAUUCUUGCUUCUUAUUGGAUCCACAGAUGCAUUGUUCUAAUUUUGUUUUAAUCUGUUAUAUGUACACAUAUAGACAUCUCCAAUUUAAUAGUGCUGUCUUCUCUGUAAGAGAGCAAAAACCAAGCAAAGAAACUGACAGCAAUCAUGGAUAAGAUUUUUCAAGCUUACUGAAAGAAUAUAGAUGCCAGUUUAUCAUGUCUCAUAGUUACUGUAAUUAAUUAUGCAGUGUGAAUAUUUACAUAUUAUUAGUCAUAUAAAAGCAUAAUCUAAGCCAACUAUUAAGUACUGAAUCCCUAUUGUGUUGAACACUAAGCAAAAGAUAGUUCCUGCCUCAAGAAAGAGAUGUUUACUUAAAAAUUUUAGUUACAGCAAAGAUUAUUGUUUUCAGACUUCCUGUGUAGAAACUGCUUCCAAAGACCAUGAAUUCAGAGUGAGAAUUUCCACUAGUUUUCAAUGACUUCGAAUCAAGUUCAUAAAACCUGUUUCUCUGCUAGGGUGAAUCAAGGUUUAUACAUUGACUAUGCUAAAACUAUGCAGUUUUGUUUGCAUUAAGGACCUGCUUCUCCCCAUUCUUCCCCACAAACCUGUGUAUAGAGCAUAGAGCUGUGCUGCACCACAUUUCACUGAAGUUCACAUUCUUCUCUUUACAUAAUUAAUAAUGCCACAGCAGAACUUGUUUCUAGGGUGAAAUAUGGCAGUUCACUGUGGGAGAAAUCUUUCUACUUCUUUGUAUGAAUAAGUUUGUUUGCAUCACUUAUAAGCUAGAAUCGGUUUCUCACAGAUUGCCAAGAACUGACUUUCUCUUCUGUUUUAUUAUGCUUUUGCUUUAAGAUUUGUUUUUUCCUCCCCAGGAGGAUAGGGUUAGUAACCUCUGUAAAGUAAUAAUGUGUCUCUGGCUAGGCUGUCAAUUGCAGAAUGAGGUGUCUGCACUUGAACAGAGGUUUGAUUUAUGUUUCCUGAGAUGAAUCUUCUGGAUACAUACUCUCUGAUGAUAAUGAUGUGUAAUUGAUUUUUGUAGCUAAUUUCUUGCCAUGCAACUGCUGUGUGAAACUUUCUCUUCAAAUAUUUGUUUACUGCUAGUGAUUAGUCCUGUAGCUUGUAUAUUUACAUUAUGGCCCAUAGCUUACGCAAAUUUUCUACUAGGCUGGAGCCUUCAGUGAGUUUGGUUUCUUCUCUCUUGGAAUUUCUUCUGGUAGUUUUAAAUUAAUGUUACAUAAUUUUAUGGUAUGUUUAUUAAACAUUCAUAUGUGACUUUUUUUUUUUACAGAGAAAAAGUAGCUCCAUUGUCCCUUUGAUCUGUCUGCAAAGAGAACACUUAGCAUGUUAAUUUCUCUUUUAAAGUUUAGCUGCCAUAUCUCCCCUGUUACUCAGUUUUAAUGAGAACUGUAUGGGGGAGAAGGUCAUACACUCACAAGCAGUGAAAAGAAGAGCAAAGAGAAGAGGUAGUACUGUCUUUAUUCUGUAGAAUUUUACAUGUAACAACCAACAAAGUUUUGAAUUAAAUACUUCCUGAGACACUUUUUCCUGCUUAGCGUUCAGAGGGUCUAGGCUGAGACCUACUGUUGUUACUUUUCCCUUACACAACAGCAACAGGUAAGAAAGUAUUCACACUGUGCAUGAAGAGGCCCAGACAGAGUUGAGUAAUUAACAUUACAGUGCCCCAGGAAUAGUACAGAAAUAGCACAUAGAAAAAAAUAAGGAAGGAGCUAGUUUGUAUGUUAGCAGAAAGGAUUUGGUGAAGACAUAUUCUAUAUGGUAGGUAUUUAAAGCUAGAAGUGUUUGCAAAUUCUUUUUUGGUAGAAAUUAAUUUUUUAGAUUACACAGUUCUCACUAAUAGUUAAUCCCAAGUUCUCAAGUCCUCACAUGAGAGUUUUGAAGCUUGUUUAUAUGUAUCCUGAAGAAAUAUAAUUUGUGUCAUGUUUGCUGUAAAAAAGACUCUUGAUCCUUUACACAAAGAUUUAAAAAUGUAAAAAUCUUGGUAGUUUCGAUCCUGGCAGUGCCUUCGAUACUGUUUUCUGCUUCAAGCUAUGUGAAGAUUUGGCAAAGUCAUAAUGCACGUCCUGUUAUUCCAAAAAAUCAAAGAAUUUUGGAAUACUGACUUGCCAUUUCCUUAGAAAAAGAAAAAAAAAAAAAAAAGAGAAAGAAAGAACAUCAGUUCUUCUCCUAUGAACCUGUAUACAUCUCCUGAAAAGAAACCCAGAAGUACUUGUCUUAGACAAGUUAUUAUGCAUUAUUGUAAGAUUUUUUUGAAUGCAUUAUACAUUGCUGUUGUGAUAUGAAGAAUGUAGAGGAUGAACUCUGCUUACCACAUAAAGCACGAUUAACUUUUCAACAUAAUUUUUAUAGCACAUAAGAAUCAACAAACAAUAGAGCUCCCCAAUUAUGUUGAAAAGUUAAUCGUGCUUUAUGUGGUAAGCAGUGUUCAUCCUCUUGUAGGAAAUGCUGUCAGUAGUAUAAACAAGAAAAUGUCUUCUCAUCUAGAAGUUUAAACUUGAGAAUGGACUUUACAGAAAAUCAUUUCAGAGAGGUCUGUGCAUUCCACUUAGUAAAUAACCUGUUACCCUCAUAUUUGUUCUUGCUCUCAAACAAUCGUUGCUUGCGAUAGCCUGGCAAUAAGAAGUAUGUUUUCAGUAAAAACAAUAAUUCAAAUGGUACUUUAUGGAAGAGUUAGUAAUGUGUAUGACGAUCCUUGUGAUUUUUGCCAUGGACAUUUUCACAGAAUCACAGGGUUUGGAAGGGACCUCUGAAGAUCAUCUGGACCAAGCCCCCUGCUCAAGGUGGGCCACCCAGAGCAGGCUGCCAAGGACCAUGUCCAGUCAGGUUCUGAAUCUCUCCAAGGAUGGGGACUCCACAACCCCUCUGGGCAACCUGUUCCAGUGUUCAACCACCCUCACAGUGAAGAAGUGUUUUCUUACAUUCAAGUGGAAUUUCCUGUGCUUCUUUCUCUCAGAGAAUCCCAGAAAAAGUAAAAAUAUCUAGGAGCAUUGACUAAAUGCAUCCAUUUCUGGUCUGACUUUUAGAUAAUAUUUUGUUACCUCUUCUGUGCUGUAUUCACAGCACACUGAUGCAUCCAUUUUAAAUUUCAGUGUACUAUUUGCUACACUGGAACGCAUCUACAUUUUUAAACAACACAGUAAUGAAAAGCUGUGCAUAGGAAUGGACUGUCCUGUGGUUUGAAAAUGUCCACCCAAUUCUAAUGCUGAGCCCCCACAACAUUGACUUAAGUUCAUCUGGCACUCAAAACUAGUCCUCGGUUGAUAAAUAUGAGAAUUAUUUAUAAGGACUGUCAUUUGGAAUCAUUUUUCCCUUCUAUCAGAAGGGAAUUGAGAUGUUCUAAAAACCUGCCAUUGACUUUUUAAUGGAAGAAAUGCCCCGUUUCCAAAGUACAAGAUUCUUUUAAAAGGUUUCAAUUUUUAGAAUUAAAAAAUUUAAAGUAUCUGAAGGCAUUUCUAAUUGCAGAAAAUAUGAAGAAUAUGCAGAAGUUUAUCACAAAAUUUCCACUUUUAAAUCAGCCCUAAAAGCAAAUGUGUCACAUUUUGUCUGCUGGCUCCAAAGCCAAUACAGAUAUUCAAUGUUUUUGGCAUUUCAUUAGGUAUCCCUUCGCUCCAUUAACGCUAUUUGCUGUUUAAGGAAGAAUAUAACUGAAAUAAAUUUAUGAAGGUUUAAAUAAGACCCCAGAUAAUGUUUUCUCUGGAGGAAAAGGAAGAAAAAAAAUCAUGUUAGCAAGGGGGGUCAGUUCAGAAAAAAGAACUGAUGGAUAUUGAUCAUGAUUUUGAAUAUGGAUUUGCGUUACGUAUUUGGAUCCUCUCAGUCCAUUUAUAUUCUACUAAAAAGUUUGAGUGCUGAAAAUUAAUUUAAAGGGAAUAACAAAAAAUACGCUUGAAAUGAAGUCUGCUAUUCCAGUUUCUCUGAAAAGGCUGCUUUAUUUCGAACUAUUUCUAACCCUGUGCUUACGUAAAAGGCUAAGCCUGUUCAUUAACUUUUUCAAGCAAAAGUCUAAUUUUCAAAGUUUUCUUUUUGACUAAUCACAACAGAAAUCUCCUGAAUGAGGAUCACUAAGAAAUGCAAAGCUCUGAUUAAAUGUUUAAAUACUAAAUUGAAACAUUUGUAAUGAACUAAUUGCAUGCAAAUGAGAAAUAUUAAAAACAAAUGUAAAUCACAGAAAUUGUUUACAUCCAGGGCAUAUUAGUAAUUCUUGACUGAGAUUUUGCAUGUAAUUUUUAUAUAUGCACCCACUGUAUACAGAUAUACAGCCCACAGAAUAGCCAUUGGUGUUUAGGAAAAAAAUGAAUAGUUUGGGCUCCAGUUUUUCACCAUAAGCCAGACCUGAAGUUCUAAAGUUCCAGAGUAUCUGCUCAUCUGUCAAAGAUGACCAGUUCUUUUGAGGAGAUGUGGUGUGUGGGGAGAGUGAAAACUUUUGAGAAAACUCGAAACCCUGAAAUAUUUCUGUGAUAGGAAAAAAAAUGCUCCCUUCAUGCCCGGUUAGAUAAGAGUCAGUUUGCAGAGCAAAAAAAAAAGGAGGCUUUAUGAAACUGUUGCAGCCAUCUUUCUCCUAUUGGUAAGCAGGUAUUUGCAGAGUUUGUUGAAGUCAACGAGAAGUAAACUGGGAUCAAGAAUUUCACAGCUGUUUUUCUUUAUUUUUUUUCCUCCGUUCUGUUCUACAGCACCACACAUACAGUCGUGAAGGGCUAAUCCCUCUGUUCUCGGAAGCUGUUCAAAAUCCAGUGGACUAAAAAUAUUCUGUCUGCCAAGGAGACAGUCAAGGUGAUUUUACAAGGCUUGGAUGCUUUUACUUUGGGCCACAGUCUGCAGAUAAAUUAAGAGCCAUCAGGACUUUUUUCCCCCUCCUCCUCCUCCCCCAGACCUAUUAAUAAUGAACAAAAUGCACAACAAUCAAGGAGAAACCUGCCUGCUGGCUAAUAUUCUGUUUGUAAUACUGUGUCUGCACCUGCCCAUGGUGCUAAAAUUCAUUUCAAGCUACGCUUUAGUAAUUGAUGAUCACUUGCCAUAUCCCUUUAUAAAGCUUUUUUAUCAAUGUCUUUGGUGGUUCAUUUUAUAUCAGCAGCAAAUCAAUGAAAUUUUAAUGGAACAGAGUGCUUUACUUCAGACUGAAUUAAUGUUGCUUUACCUGUUUCAAUAUCAAGUGGAGUUUUCAAAGUCUAGAAGGAUAAUAGGUCUUCAGAUUUUUGCUUUGAUAGGUUUGUUUCUGCACAAUGGUGGCAUCCUUGUGAUCAGCUGUAAUAAAAAUUAAAUGUAUUAAUAAACUUAGCUUAACAGUAGCAAUGUGCUGUGAGAGACAAUGGGAAAAAGUGUGGUUCGGAGCCCAUAGCUGGAUCCAUGAUCAAGUAGAAUGUAAAUGUCACAGAGAUGUUACAGAGAAUGCAUUAACUGCUAGAAUACUAGAUGGGAGUCAGGGAAGAGAAAGUCUUAAUUGGUUUAAAAAUCUCCAGAGCAAUGCAGUAAUUAACAAUGCACAGGGAAGUACCACAAGGUUAUGAACUGAGUUCCCCUCUUUAAAGCUACAGAAGGAACCUGCAGUGUAAUCAGCGUAAUUCCUCUGCACUACAGAAAUAGUAUCAACCAGUGCAUCCAAAACAUAAAAGCCUGUGAAGUAUAGAGCUCAUGUCUGUGAACUCAGCACAGAGGGAGUGCUAGGGCUUUCAGUGCAUAAAUCCUGCCAUUCUAUCUAUUCAACAGAAGAUGAGGAACUUAAGGAUCUUGAGAAGCUCUAACAACUCUUCACAUUGUCUUGAAGUCAUCUGUUCAGCAAAGUAAUUCAACUAUUUUAUUCCCUUGUAGAAAGAAUUUCUUCAUGGUCUUGUAAGUCAAAUGGACUAAUUUCAGUGGUAUUUCAUGUUAUUUUUCACUACUCUAAGUGACUAAAAAGCACAGGGCAAAAGAGAAUUAUUUCUACUCUAGUUUAAAUAGACUAGUAAGAAAUAGAGGCCUUCUCCUGACAAUUUUGCUCAAGGCUUGUGUUUUGAGUAGCAGUGUCAUGCAUAGCUAGAACUGAGGCUGUUAGUUGUCUUUGUUAUUGGGUGCACACAGUAGAACCAGGUGUUCCUGCUGACAAGAAGAUAGUGAGUCACAACAUCAGACAAAGGCCUACAGACUGGGGAAAACUCUGUAUGUAUAAAAUGUGAGAUCAUGCCAGUUACCAGGGAGUUCUUAUUAGGACACAGAUGUUUGGAGAGGGAAAUCUUAAAAAUCCCUUAACUGAGACACUAUUAAAGUUUUUAACUUUCUGAGGGAAAAAAUGUCUAUAAUCAAGAUACAUUCUAUCUGGUUGCACUCUGCUAUAUUUUUGUGCUUGCAAAGUUUGUUUAUGUAGUCUUAGGUUCUCUAUUUCCUUCUCACCUAUUGUCAGUAAAAUUAACCUUCCCUUUUUGUCUGAAGCUUGGUGUUGAGCAAAGAUUACCUGUCAGAAUCAAGUCUGAAAAGCUGCAAAUGAAGUUUUGAUCACACUGCCCUGGACACCUGCUUUGCAUCUAGCACAACUCUUUAGCUCUGUUACGAUCAGCCCAAAAUGAAAGUUGUGAUUUGUGUUCUCCUGCUGUUAUUGUACAAUAUUUGUGUAUCAGCAAGCUGUGUGUGACAGUAAAAUCAACAGACUCUA